AGCAUUACUUCCUUGUUUACAUCAUUCUUGUUUGUGAUUGGCCAACUCGAAACAUUGGGAAAAAAAGGUGCGCUUGAUUACUUUUACACUUACCGAACUGACGAAAGUCACCGCUCAGCAAGCAACACAUUGCGGUUACAGUAUAUUAAAUAUCGGGGAGCGACGACUAGAAAACCGAUCGCACAUACACAAACGCAGUUUCGAUGAAAUACUCAACCUCCCAACAGCACUUUCGAUUUGUCGCCAGUUCGUAGUUGUAAUCAUACCCUGAGGGAGUAGUCGCUGCUGCCAAACACACCUUGUGAUUGUCGUCGUCCAGCAUCCACCAAGACCCUGACGAACAUCAACACCUGCCAUAAAAAUGCGGUGUAGUGCCGGUUGACUGCAGCUGCUCGAGCGAUGGCAGAAUUAAGGAUGUCUCUGCCAUUGGCUGUCAUGGUGGCGGUCUCUGUGCUGGAGCUCGGAGUGACCCACGCUGGACCGGAGCUAGACCCAUACAAAACCUUGGGCGUCACUCGAAGUGCAAGCCAGGUUGAGAUUAAGAAAGUUUACAAGCGUCUUGCUAGAGAAUGGCAUCCUGACAAAAACAAAAAUCCGGGAGCUGAGGAUAUGUUUAUCAGGAUUACCAAAUCGUACGAGAUUCUAUCCAGUGAGGACAAACGCGCCAACUACGACCGCUACGGCCAGACGGAUGACACCCAGCCGUAUGGCAGCGGUCGCUAUAGCGGCCACCGCCACGACAGCUUCAACUUCGAUGAGUCCUUCUUCAACUUCCCAUUCAACAGCAAGAACCAGGGGGAGUUUUCCGACAGCAAGCACUCGCUGCGUUUUAACCAGUAUGUCAACGAUGUGGUGCCCGACAGCUUCAGGAAACCGUACCUGAUCAAGAUCACCUCCGACUGGUGCUUCAAUUGCAUCCACAUCGAGCCUGUGUGGAAGGAGGUGGUGCAGGAAAUGGAGACGCUAGGUGUCGGAAUCGGCGUGGUGGAUGUUGGAUAUGAGAGACGGUUAGCCAAUCACCUCGGCGCUCAUCGCACGCCGUCGAUACUCGGAGUCAUUAAUGGCAAAGUGACGUUCUUCCAUUACGCCGUAGCAAAGGAGCAUUUGAGGCAGUUUGUGGAAGACCUUCUUCCCCAAAAACUCGUGGAUUGGGUCAGCGACAAGAACGACAAGCAGUUCUUGAGCAGUUGGCAUGAAGUCAACAAGCCACACGUGCUCCUGUUUGACCAAGUGCCUGUCGUUCCCUUACUCUAUAAACUGACGGCGUUUGCGUACAAGGACUACAUGCAGUUUGGCUACGUGGACCAGGGCCUUUCAGAGACGGCCCAUCUGCAGAGACAGUUCAAUAUCAACAGCUACGCUCCGACCGUGCUGGUUUUCAAAGAGAACACGGAUAACCCCGCUGACAUCUUACAGACAAAAGGAAUGAAAAAGCAGCUCAUCGACGAGUUCAUGUCAAACAACAAAUUUCUCCUGGCACCGAGGCUGGUGAACCAGAAGCUCUUUGACGAGCUCUGCCCUGUCAAGCAGUUCCACAGGCGAAGGAAAUACUGCGUGCUGCUGAUCACAGGCAGCGACGAGAGCUUUUCUUCGGGCAACCGGGCCUUUCUGUCUUUCGCCUCGAGCAACACCAAGGAAGUUGUGAGAUUUGCUUACGUCUACCAACAACUGCAGCAACCGCUCUGUAACAUCCUGAUGACCAGCAAGGACGGCACAAAGACACCGCCGCCACCGCAGGUAGUGAUCCUGGAGAGGCGCAACGCUGCCGGGAAGGCCUUUUUCAAGCCAGUGACUCCCUGGAACGGCAGUGAAGAAGACAAGCGGCGCCUCGUGGAGGAGUUGGAGCGUCUCCAGAAGGACCCGUCCAUUCUGGUCCACGAUGCCAUGCUUCCCGAGCUCAACAACGAGUUUGCAUCCAUGUUUGUUAUCCAAUGGCUCUAUGCAAUUUAUGAUUACCUCUCCGAAGUCAUCGAUGACAUUCUACACAACAACUGGCGUGAGAUGAUGCCUUUGCUGUCCCUCAUCUUUUCUGCCUUAUUCAUCCUGUUUGGAACUGUGGUCGUCCAAGCCUUCAGUGACUCAAGUGACGAAAACUCCCCCAAAACAAAAGUAAAAGAUGGAACGAAAACAGAAAAUGGAUCGCCAGGGAGCGGCGGUCCAUCAAGUCGGCCUCCCAAGAAGAACUUUGUGGAGGUGACCGAGUUGACUGACAUCACCUACAUAAGCAACCUGGUGAGGCUGAGGCCAGGACACAUGAACAUUGUUCUUGUGCUCGCCGAUGCCUCGAAGAACGUUCUGCUCAGCAAGUUUGCCAAAGAGGUCUACUCUUUCACGGGGAGCCUGACCCUGCAUUUCUCCUUCCUGAAUACGGACAAGCACAGCGAGUGGAUGCGCACGCUGUUCGAAAGCGCGCAGGAUGCCGCGCAGGUCUACUCGUGCGAGGACGACGAGGCAAACGCCAGCAUGGACUACACCGGCUACGUGCUGGCACUCAACGGCCACAAAAAGUACUUCUGUCUGUUUAAGCCCGUCUACACCGGGGAAGACCCGGAUAGCAAACCGUCAGAGGACGAAGCGGCGGUAGCGGCGUCGGUGAGGAGGUCGAGGGCGGCGUCGCGUGAUGAUCACCCUCCGCGCAAAUCGGCGCGCUCACGCAGCACAUCCACGCUCCAGAUCCACCACAAGCUGGACCGCUUGGGCUUGUGGAUGGAAAGGCUCAUGGAAGGCACCUUGCCUCGUUACUACAUCCCCGCCUGGCCAGGACUCCACAAGAUCACCGCCAGUCAAUAAACAGGGGGCGGGGGGGUCAGGUUAGAAGGAGUUGAAGAGUGCACGUUGAAAAGGCUGCUUGAAUGUUGUUGGGUUUCGUCUUGCACUUUUGGAGUUACGAGCCGGGGGGUGUCCAAACUUUUUCUUCUAUGGACCGCAUGCAGAAAAAUGAAAAGAUCCGAAAACCAUUUGACGUUGCACCUUAAAAAAAAAUUUAAACAUGCAAAAAACAACCAACUCUUGCAGGUAAAGAAGGGCAAUAUAUAAUACUCGGUGUGUAUAAAAAGUCGACACAGCCCUGUU